UGCGUCGUGCGUCAUGCGUCAAGGCGUAGCUUGAAACGAAUCAAACCCGGAUGUUUGAUGCUCCUCGUCCUAAAGAUGGUGUCUUCCUCGACUUAAAGCCAGAUAAACACCAAAACAGAUGAGUGGUAAACACACAAUGUCACAGCGACAAGAUGAAACAUCAGGUAUUUGAAUGUGUGACUACUGCUGAUGAUUAAUAAGUAGCCAGUGAAGGUGAACAGGAUGGAUUUCAUCAGAGGCUCCUACACGGAUAAUCUCAUUGGGACUUUACUUGCCAUUUUUGGAAAUGUGCUUGUCAGCAUCUCCUUAAAUAUUCAGAAAUUCAGCCAUGUGAAUUUGGCAGGAACCAAGGACCCGCGUGCUUUCUACCUCACCAAAACCUGGUGGUUUGGGUUUGUACUGACGUGUCUUGGGGAGGGAGCAAACUUUAUUUCUUACGCCUUCGCCCCCCUCGCCCUCAUAGCACCUCUAAACGCUGUGUCUGUCCUCACAAGCUCAAUUUUGGGGCUUAUUUUUCUGCGCGAGAAAUCGAAGCCAAAGGACUUUGCAAAGCGCUAUGGGCUGUCCUUCCUGGGCUGUAUCCUGACCAUAGGAGGAACAUUCCUCUUUGUAGCAUUUGGACCAAACUCUCAUGAAAAACUCAAAGCUGAGAACAUUGUGACGCACGUUGUUGGAUUGCCCGUUCUCUUGUAUCUGCUCCUGGAGAUCAUCACGUUCUGCCUGCUUUUAUACUUCUACAAACAGCGCAGAGCUAACUACCUCGUUAUUAUUCUGAUGCUGGUCGCGCUGCUGGGCUCAAUCACAGUCAUCACGGUGAAGGCGGUGUCAGGCAUGUUGGUUCUGAGCAUCGAGGGCUCCAUGCAGCUGGACUACCCGAUCUUCAGUGUUAUGCUUGUGUGCAUGGUGGCUUCAGUGGUCUUCCAGGCCAGAUUCCUCUCCCAAGCUUGUCAGCUGUAUGACUCCUCUCUGAUUGCCAGUGUCAACUACAUCCUCUCCACCGUUUUAGCCAUCAUAGCUGGCGCUGUGUUUUACGUAGAGUUCAAGAAUGAAGACGUCCUUCACAUCUGCAUGUUUUUGUUGGGAUCUGCAUUCUGUUUCCUUGGGGUCUUUCUCAUCACCAGAAACAGGAAAAAGGCCAAGACCUUUGAGCCCUAUGUCACUAUGGAUGUGGCUAAUGGUGUCCCAACUAUUCAUGACAAGGGCCUGGUUGUCCAGCCGGACUCCAAUGGUUCCUUCUCCUAUGGAGCUCUGGUCAACAACGACGGAGUGGCUCCUGCUCCUCUACCAGUUAACCUGAGACAAUCUCCAGUCGUCUCCAGAUCCACCUAUGCAUCUCAUGGCCUGUCUGACCUAAAGGGAGAUUAAAACCAAGUAUUUUUUAUUCAUAUAUUUUCAUCCAUUCGACCAUAAACAAACAUUCCAGGACCUUGAAAAGGCCAAGAUGGGUUCAGUUCUUGUCACAUAUACACAAGACCACCUCCAGCCCAGUAGGGGGGGUUCACUGGGUGUUUUACUCGGCCUUACACUCCUCUUCACAUGCUUUCCUUUCUGAAAUCUCUAAACCAAAACCAUUUUUGAGAAGAUGUCAGCUGUAUUCAUUCCAAAAAAUGAACGGAAGAAACCCAAAGCUGCUGGAUGCUGUAGUGGAUUCACAAACAUGGCUUAAUGUGACAGCAGAGGUGGUGUUGGUGUUGUGCCUUGAAGAGUACUGCCUUCACCCUGUGUCAGGACUCACUUCCAUGACCGUUAAGCAAUUUUUUCGCUCGUUAAUUGGAACAUACAGGGAUCUGUUCUUCCAUUGAGGAUUGUGAAGUACUCCUCAACUGUCUUCAAAGUUAUAUAAUGUAGCUACAGACUUGCCAACGAACUUUUUGACUUUGAGUAUCUGCCUCUAACUCUCUCUCUUAUAGGAGCGGUUUUCACUCCACAAUUUUGCCUCUUGUUCUUGGGAAUUCAUUGUAUUAUACUUUUCUUGAUGUGACCAAACAGUGCGGGCAAGUCUUCUAAUUUAUUGUAAUGUAUUUAUUAAUUUUCAAGUUAACUUUUAGUGUGCCUUAAAAAGCAGCUGUACACUUGAUACAUUACUGUAAGGUGGUACAUAACCCAUUUAAGUGAGUGAAGCAUCAUGUAGCAGUUCAGUUAUAAAAAGGCAACUGUAAUCUGCACUUUGGAUGACUCUAAAUAGAAGGGAAGUGAAUUACAUUUGAAAUAACUGAUAAUCUAUUUAAAUGUGCACUGUGAAGUAUGAAAAAUCUACUGUAGAAAGAAUAUGUCUAAAUUUAGUUUUUGGCCUCUUUAAUCUGAUGCCUUGUUUGUUUGAUGAAGUUUCUGAUGACAAAACAAAUCAAGAAAUAAAACCAAAAGUAUGCAGUUAAUGUUGAAAAAUGACCAUGUUGUUGUGGCACAAUGUUUUUUAAAAUGUACCUGUCCCAUCACAAUUUUACGCGCUGAAAGAUAAUCCAGCAAUAAGCAAAUAAGCGUUUUAUGAUUAAAUUAAAUUAAAUUAGGGCUGCGCGAUUUUGUAAAAAUAUCUAAUUGUGAUUAUUUGCACUGAUAUUGCGAUAUGAUUGCCAAUAUUAGAGGGAAUGAUCAUUUUUACAUCAUUAUUCUCAUUUUCAUUGAAAAACAUUAAAAUGAUCAUGGUGUGAUUUUUGCAGCGAUCUGUACCAAACAAAGUCGUAGAUUAUGAUGUUUAAGCCAGGAGAUCUCUGCAGCACCACAGUAUUCAUUUUAAUAUUGUGAUUUCCUCCUCAUUCCUCUUUUUGAAAACUGCAGUAGGCCAUAAUUGUGCAGCCCUAGAUUAAAUACUCCAUAAUGAAUGAAUGCAUGCAUACAUUGGAUACACUCCACCUCUACAUAUGUGGCAAUUCAUUUCUACAGUGUUAAUAACGCAGAGAGCCUUUCCACAGUAUUCAGCACAUACUUGUUUUGGUUAUAUCGCCUGUGGUUUGUUGUGUGUAUAAACUCAUCAUUACAUCACUUUAAAACCAACUGUCUUGUUAUUAAAACUGUCAUGUAACCUGAACUGAUGCUGUAAAAGUCAAACUUUUCCCAUUGUAAAUAAAAUGCAAUCUUGUGUCUUAAAACUUAA